AUGGAGGAAGGGUCCCGAUCUCCCACUCUUCACCUGGACCUCAAUAACUUUGAGGACGGCCAAGGAAGCCGCUACGUGCUCACCAGCCCCCGAUCAUUGGAAGCGUGUGCACGGCUCGGUAUCAGGCCUGUGGAUCUGCUGCACAAGUCCCGGGAGGAGGUAAUGGAGGAGUUCCCCGGGGCCUCCAUGAAGAUGGUGGCCGAUAUGCACCGAUCCCAUGAGAAGGAGAGACGCAUGAGGGUGCUGAUGUGCAGAGAGCUGAGGACCCAGCUGAUUGAGGAUGAGGAGAUGGAGAGGAAGCAGAGAGAGUCUGGUACGGUCACCCACCCACUCACCUCCACCAUCACACCCACUGACUGGUGGGAAGAUGCCCAGAACAGACACAGGGGGGCCUCCCAAGCCAGAACAGGUGGUGAUCCCACCACCAUGAAACCCACUGAUUGCUUGGACCAUACAAAGACCAAGCACAAGGAGAUCCCCCAAGCCAGGAGAGCAGUCCAGCCCAACAGCCUCAAGAAAAGUAGAAGCCUGGAAGAUCUGAAACAGCCGGAGCUACAGGUCAGGCAACUGGCCAGGAAAUUAGAAAGGGAAUGCAGGGUGUCGGUGUCUGAGAGGGAUAAGAAGAUUGCAGCUCUGAUGUUACUGAGACACAAGGAGAAAGAGAUGUCAAAGCAAAGGAAAUUGGAGGCAGAGCAAGCCUGGGAGGAGGUCAAGACUCAGGAGAGAAGUUUCAAGGAUGUUCUGAACCAAUAUGAAAAGUUGGACUACAAAACAAAGAAGAUGAUCAAUAAGAGCUUGAAGGACGACAGAGACAUUGAUGCCCUCUUAAAUCUGAGCGCUCACAAGACGCAGUUGAAAAAGGGACUUGUAAAAGCCGGAAAUGAAACGGAGAGAACGCAUAACUCGGAGAGAGAAACACCCUCACUGCUUCCUGAGGAGAAGGUAAUUCAAGCAUUAAAGACCAAAAUGAUCAGGGAACUGCAAAGUAAGGAAAAUAUUAGGAUGAAAAAUCAGUAUGAAAUGCUAAGACACUCCCAAAGGAAAGAGAAGGUCGAUAACCAAGCAAAAGCCGAGGAGCUUUUUAAGAAGAUGUCCAUCCAGCAGAAAGAGGAGAAAGCUCAGGAACUGCAUGGGCAUAUGCUUGAGCAACGGAACCAAGAACUGAAGGAGAGAGCUUCCAGGGAAGAGGAGCAAAUACUACUGGCAAAGAUCCGGGCAGAAAGGCAAAAGAAAGAGCAAAUGAAACACAAGAAGAUGCUGGUUCUGGAAACCAACCGGAAGAUCCGCCAUGCCAAAGACUCGCAAGAGAAGAACAUUAAGUACAAAGCUGAAAGAACAAGAGAAUUGAACAUCAUCAAGGAGAAGACUCACCAGUUUUUGAAACAAAAGGUGAAUGAAGAAGAAGAAAUUCACAGAAAAGCCGUAGAACAACAGAUAAGAAUUAAAGAUAGGAAGAGCGACAAAUUGCUCAUGGAAAGAGAAGCCACCAUUGAAGAAGGGAAGAGGAUUGCGAGGGCUUCUUUUCACAUGAGAGAGGCGAUAAGAGAGAAGACGAAAAGUAGAACCUUUGACCAGAUGGCCCUCCAGGCUCAGCUAAACGCGAGUCUCGUCAAAUUUACUCUGUGAGGGA